AUGGUUUCCGCCUUCGCCGGCGUCGGUUUUGGGAUUUCAGGGGAAGUUUCGGUGCCUGUUGCGGUGGAACGUAGUAGUUUAUGGAAUCAUUUGAUUGAUUCUAUUCCCCCUCUGGAUCAACCGUGGAUCAUCUUAGGAGACUUUAACUGUUGUCGGUUUGAGACUGAAAAAGCUGGUGGCUCUUGUCUUUCGGAUAGUAGGUUGGGGGAGUUAAAUAAUCUUGUUUUUAAAUGUGGUGUGCAAGAUUUAUCUUCUACUGGCCUGCUUUAUACUUGGUGUAAUCAAAGGCUAAACUCCCCGAUCUAUAUAAAACUUGAUAGAAUCCUUGUCAAUACCGCUUUACUGGACUCUUUGCCGUUGGCCUAUUAUAAAGUUGAGCCUCCUUUUGGUUCUAAUCACUCCCCGUUAAUUUUUAUCUCAACCCAUGCUAAACCUACUUCUGCUAGGUUUAAGUUCAAAAACUAUUGGAUUAAUAUGGAAGGUUUCUGGGAUGAUGUUUACACUGCUUUUUCUGUAAAAACUUCUAGAAGUCCUCUUGCUGCGUUCUCUCACAGUUUGCAAUGCCUCAAAAGGUCUCUUAAACUCAGGCAUUGGGCUUCCUCCAAUUUCUUAUCUAGCUCCAUUCUAGACCUUAAAGCUAAGCAACACUCUUGCUUGCUUGAGCUUCAAAAACAGCCUUUGGACUCUCUUCUCAACAGCAGCUUAAAAAGUAUCAAUGAAAAUCUUGCCGCUUUGCAAUCCCACUGGUCCUCUUGGAUUGCUCAAAGAGCUAAAGCUUCCUGGCUAACUCAAGGUGAGGAUGACUUAGGUUUCCUAUUUGCUAAGUUAAGGCAAAGAAGCAAUAAGAAUUGUAUCAAAGAAAUUACCACUGAUGAAGGUCACUUUAAUACACAUUCUGAGGUUUCUAGGGCCAUUGUUUCUCAUUUUAAAAACCUCUAA